AUGGCGCGAAGUGGUGUGGCCAACGCGAGAGCGCUGGGUGACUCUUCGCCUCCUCGGAGGAUGCGAUUUCUUCUCGUCGGUCUCGUCGCGCUCGCGCUCGCGCGGUCGGCGCUGGCGACGGCGGGAACGCACUGCACGACGAAUGCGAAUGACUUGGCGCCGUGCAUGACCUCGCCCGGGUCCGUCGCGUGCUGUACCGCGAUCAACGCUUGGAACGCGAACGGAUGCUUCUGCGACGGCGUCGCCACGUCUCUGACGACGACGCAAUCCGCGGGGGCGACGCAGUUCGCGCAAGCGUGCUCGAUCACGCGAACUACGUCGUCUUCGGAUGCGACGUGCGCGCAGGCGCUGACGAAUCAGGGUGCGGGUUCGCCGCCGUCCUCGCCUCCUACGCCUUCUCCAUCCACCGGACCAGAUGCUCCGACGAACGUCUACGCCCUGCGCACGGGUGCGAGCGAGAUCACUCUGGCGUGGACCGCGAGUGCAUCGAGUGAGGUCGUGGCGUACGCCAUCGACGCGUGCGAUGCGGCGAAUCUCACGACGUGCGCGUCGCCCACGCGAACGACGGUUUCCGCAGCCGCCGGUGCGUCGUACGUCUUCUCCGGCGUCACCAACCCGACCACAGUGGUGUACCGAAUCAAGGCGGCGACGCUCACUGAGUCGAGCAUGUCUUCACCUGCCACUGCGGUGCCCGCCCUAGACGCUCGACAAUCUCUGCUCGUCUCCACUGCUUCGUCGGCUUCAUCGGUUUCUUCGUGUGGCUCUUGGGCGACGCCGUGCGAUUCCAUCAAUACUGCGCUCUCGGCGACCACGUCGACGACGACGCGAUCCAUUUUGGUUCUUCCUGGAACACACACGUCGUCGUGUGGGUCGUCGCUCGGUUCGUCCGGUGCGGUCAACAUCGCAUCUGUGCUCGGCGCGACUACGGCAAUUUUGGAUUGCGCCGAAACCGCUCGCGGGUUCGACAUCUCUGGCAGCGACGCCGUGAGCAUCUCCGGCGUCACCAUCAAGCGUGGUCUCGCGGCCACGGGCGGCGGUAUCAAGAUACUCAACGCGUCAACGGUGACGAUCGACAGCGUCGACGUCGUGCAGUGCAAAUCCCUGACCAUGGGCGGCGGGUUACACGCCAUAAACUCGCCGGUGACGGUUCGACACUCUCGAUUCAUGUCAUGCAGCGGUGGUAACGACAACUCCGGCAAUAACGUCCGAGGUGGCGGCGCGUAUCUACAGACGGGCUCCCACGCUACGCUCACAAACGUCAGUUUCAUCGGUAACACGCUCGUUGAUAGCGGGAAGGGCGCCGGAUUGAACGUGGACGGAAACUCAAACAUCACCGCCAACGGCUUGACGCUUACGAACAAUCGCGCGUUCUUCGCCGCCGGUCUGUUCAUCGGUCAAGGCUGCCACGGCAGCUUUUCCAACGUCAUCGCGACCGGAAACGAAGCUUCUUACGGCGCCGCGAUCGGUGUCUUCGUCGGCGGUAAGCCGACGUUUAACACCGGGCUCAUAUCGAAGAAUGUUGCCACGCUCUGGGGAGCCGGCGUCAUCGUCUACACCGGCGCCUAUGCCGAGUUUACUGGCUUCUCGUUCGAGGACAACAUGGCUGAAAUUGGUGGUGGUAUCUUCAUGUACUCUCAAUCCCGAGCGAAGGUUUCGAACUCUCGCGUUCUGUCGAACCAUGUGUCCAAAUACGGCGCGGGCAUGCGGUUGGAAGACCGAUCAGUACUCGAGAUGGAGAACUCCCGUGUGUCGCAUAACAUCGCGAAACUUGGAGCCGGUGGUGCACACGUCACCUCCGGUUCAUCGCUAACGCUCACCGGCGGUGAGUUCGUGAACAAUACGGCGCCGAACGGUGCAGGUUUGAUUUGCGAUGGCGGCGUUCAUGGCGGUGGUCGAAUCAUCAGCUCGGGCGUCACGAUCCAGUCCAACGUUGCCUCCGGUCUGGGCGGGGCGAUGUACCUCGCCGGUGCGUGCGAAGCACGUGUCACGGGGUCGUCCAUCGUUGAAUCGAACUCUGCCGUGAGUGGAUCGAGCUGUCGUUCGUUGUACGUAGUCGGCGGCGGGGCUUUCGCUCUGUUGCCGAAUACGCCGACAGCGCCGACCAAGCUCACGCUCGAUGACUCGACCAUCGUUCGAGAGAACGAGGCGCCGACGGGCGGGGCGAUAUUUGUUAUUCCGGCGGCUUCUUCAGCCGACACAAACUCUCCUCGAGGAGCGCAGAUUACUGUCACGUCGGCGACGCUGUCGGCCAAUCGAGCCAUCGGCUGCCAAUCGACCAUUCCUGGACGCGGUGGUGCCAUGUUCAUCGCCGCGGGGAACCACACGUUCACUCAAGUCUCCCUGACCGACAAUGGUGCCACUAGUGAUGGUGGCGCCGUCUUUACCGCUGGCGUCGGUGCAUUCACGAUGAACAUGUGCACGGCGACUGCUAACAAUGCCACUAAAAACGGUGGCGCUGUCUCGCACGAGGGCGCCAAGCUGAAAAUCGUAGGAGGCGAAAUCCAAUCGAACGUCGCGAUGAGCGGCGGUGGUGUUUACAUUGCAUCCACGGCCUCGACGCAACCGGCAUUCGCUAUUCUCGGAUCGUCUCUCAAGGGGAACACGGCGACGCGUGGUGGAGCGAUGUACUUUGCGACGAACCUCGCCCUCGGGUCGCUGCAACAACUCUCCUUAGACACGAACUCCGCGACUUCCGGUGCCGACGCGUACUGGCUCCGCUCAUCGAGCGCCAACGUCGAGUACACAUGUACGAGCUGUGCGUACGCGCACGGCAGUGGUGUGACUUCGCGCAUUGUCGCAACAGAGGCGCUCGCUUCCACGGCGCAGACUGCGCUCAAGUCUCGAGUGCAAUCUGGGAAAGUCACCGAUGAUUUCUCCGUACAGCUCGUCGAUUUCUACGGCCAGCCCGUGACGAGUGAACUCACGUCCGUGACUUGCAGCGUUUCGCCACUCACCGGUGCGUCGCUACACGCGCGUCACAAUCUCGAAAUCAGCGGUUCUUCGUCUUCGGCGACAUCCGCCGGUGUCGCCACCUUCAGUGGAUCCAUCUUGCGCGGCGAGCUCGGUAAAGAUUACACCGCUAGAGUGACGUGCACUCGCGAUACCACGAUGACCCUCACAAGCAUCUCCGCGCUUGAUAUUCCCGUACAAAUCGGGUUCUGCCUCGCUGGAUCUGAACCGCUCGUGGUCACGUAUGCGGACGGCGUCGCCGUCGCUCGAGAGUGCACCGUGUGCAAAGAUCGCACGUUCAACUUCGACGGCGUCAAGUGUCAAACGUGCCCAAUGGGCGGAGAUUGCCGCGGCGGUGCCUCCCUCGAAUCGCUUCCCGGAUGGUGGCGUUCGUCCGACAGCGCAGAGGUUCUCUUCUCGUGUCCGGUUCGCGAAUCGUGCGUCGCCGGCAACGCCACGGGCACUCGCGCGUGCGAAAUCGGGUACGAAGGACCAGUAUGCGCGCUCUGUGCCAAGGGCUACCGUGCAUGGGGUGGUAAGUGCUCGAAGUGCGGGUCUAACGCGGCGUUGGCCGUGCCAGCACUCGGCAUCAUUGCGUUUACCGCCUUCUUUGUGUACAUUUUCCGCAAGCCGCUCAAGCAAGUCGCCGGCACCGUCGUCUUCUCCGCGAUUCUCUUCGUGGCGCAGAUCUUGGGUUUGCUCAAAGAGUACGACAUCACGUGGCCAAGCUCCGUCGGACGACUCGUGGAGGUGCUCGACAUCACCAACUUCAACAUGGAGUCUCUCACGCCGGGGUGCUCGUCGAGCGAGUCAAACUAUUACUCGACUUACGUCGCGGCGGUAAUCGUCCCUCCGGCUGUGACCGUCUUCUGCUUGAUCUUGUACUUUGUGAUGGGCCUCGUCGCGCGCAACUUGCCGUACGCCAGACUCGCAGCGAUCGCUAGCGACGCGCAGAAGAAAUGUCGGCGCAAUGCCGCAUGGCUCGUCGUCCUGUCCUAUUCCGGCGUCGCCAAGACAGUUCUUCAGCUGUACAAUCAACGCCAUCUCGACGUCGGCGUCUUUAUGAGACGCGAUUACUCCAUCGUCACCUCCACGGAGGAGCACUUGGUAUAUCGCAUCACCGGUUUCGUCGCCUUGCUGCUAUAUCCGAUCGGCAUUCCUCUGGGUAUCACGUACAUCUUGGUACGUAACCGUCAUCGUCUUGACCAUCCGGAGGUUGAACACAACUUUGGUUUCUUGUACGUGAACGUCCGUGAACAGCUUCCGUUCUGGGAGCUGACCGGUCUUUUCCUUAAGUUCGUGCUGGCCGCCGUGCCGGUGUUCGCCAACGAGCGCCUUCUUCGCGCGAAGAAGUCUGCAUUAGACACGGCGAGCGAUUUCAACGGAGUGACGCAACUGUCCAUUGCGCAACUCGUCGUCGGCAUUCUGUUCAUCGCCGUCGUCGCCGUGCGUCCAUACCGAAAGUCGUUACACAACGUGCAGUUCUCUCUCGCCCUCGGCGUGAUCUUCUCCUUCAUCACGCUCAGUGCGAACGUCUUCAACGCUGAAGAUACGUACUCGCAGAAGGAAAAGACUGGCGUCGCAGCCGUCGCUGUCGCGCUCGCAACCGUCGUCAUGAGCAUCGCCAUCGUCAAGUCCGCCCUUGUCGGUGAGUUUGCGUCCAAAUCCGACGCCAAACUCGACGAUAAACCGGGAAAACCCAUCGACGGAAGCGACUCGACCGUCGCGCUCAAAUCCGUCGUGUGA